AUGACGAAUCAGCCAACGCCCAAGAUUCGGGUUCCAGUACCAACAACAACCUUUCUUCCGGAAACAGUGACAUCGCACGCUGUUAUCAUUGAGCCUUACCAUGUAGAUCUCCUUGAAGAGUAUGGCUACAUCAGUCGCGAGUAUCUUUUGAGCGGGAUCGCUUCUGGAGAAUCUUAUUGUACCCGGAUUCUUCUCCGCUGUCCAGCUGUUAUUUCGAACUUCACUGGAUUGGUAAUCCUAGAACCAUCACACUUGUGGGGUGGAACAAGCAUCUGGAGACAUAUAAACCGAUGGCUUAUGCGCAAUGGGCAUGCUUGGUUGGAAGUUGACUCUCAAGCGCCUUCAGCACUGGGUAAAAUCAAACGGGUAAACCCUACAAGAUAUAAAGACUUGCAUUUCAUACCAGGCCCGCUGGCCGACGAGUUUCAGGAGUCGAUUCCAUACGCUGCCGUUACCACCAAGGAAUCACUUCGCAUUGCUUACGAUUCAUUCAAAGCCAAGUGGUGGCCAGCAACUAUUCAGUGUCCUGAAAUAAUUGUCCAGGCUUCCUAUGCCCUCCGGGCAGGCGACUUGGGGCUCAAGGCUACUCGAGUAAUCUUAACCGGAUUGUCACAGACAGGAGGACUUACAAGACGCUUCAUUACACACUCGUCUCAUUUGAGGCUGCCAAAUGGUAACUUGCCCUUUGAAGCAUUCGUUCCCUGCCAAUCAGGUGGAGAGGCUCUGCCUGACAUACCUGGAGCAAAGAUCAUGGAGCUCCUGGGCGAGUCAGAGUUUCUAUCUGUUCGAGCACUCUGUGGAGUGGGUGGCCAGAUGAAGGACAUUUCACACCGGCGAUCAGAUAGCGAUGGAUUCCGACUGUAUGAAGUUGCCGGCAUGGGGCACCGGGAGUCAAGAUAUGCAUCCGAGGUUGACCUUGCCAGAUGGUCCGUGGCUAAACUUCACGGAGCGAAAUGGAGCACAUUUGCGAACUCAUUCAUUUAUCAUGCCAUCUUCGAGAGAAUGGAGAAAUGGAUAAGCGAAUCGGCUAUAUCGCCUCCUCCAAGCGCCAUCAUUCAGACAAUAGCCCUAAGUGAUGAGAUUUUUCGCGAUGAGCAUGGAAACGCCGCUGGAGGUGUCAGAACCGUGCACACAGAAGCACCUCUAUCUAGAAUCGUCGCAGCGACCCCCAAAGGAAGACCGAGUUGGUAUUGUGGUUCUGAGUGGCCUUUUGACAAUGACAAGCUUCGAAAUCUGUAUGGAUCUGUGGUGAACUUUCGACGUAUGGCUGGUCAGGCCAUCAGUGACCAACUUAGAUCCGGGUUCCUUCUCCAAGCGGACGCGGAGACGCUUCGUCGCGAAACCAUUGAGAAUGUCCACUUUUGA